AUGCUUAGAGAUGCAAGUGCGUACAGCAGUGAAAGGCUAGAAAAAUCACUGCCUUCAAAAAACGCAGAGGAUGCCAAUAAGAUUCUUAACCUUAUAAAGGCCGCCAAUGAAACGGUGGAGGAAUGCCUCCGAAAGGCAGACAAAUUCACUGAUAACUUAGACACUUCACGUAGCGAUAAUCCACUUAACAACGCGAUUAAGGACUUAAAUCCUAAUUUGCAGGACAAAAUUGAGAAUGUUCGUAAGAACGUAAAACAUGAACGUGGGCGUUUGCACAAGUUUUCAGAACAGGAGAAAGAGGAGUUGAAGGAGACGGAAAAGGAAAUUAAAAGAGUGCUUGGCGAAUUGAAAUGUAACGUAGAUAGCAAGAUAAGUAAGCAGGUGAAGGAUUUAAUCAGCAAGUUGAGGGUGAGAGUUGAGGAAAUUUCUAAAAUGCUUCAGGGCAUAGACAAGAAGCUGCGGAACUAUAUAUAUGAUCUUGGAGAGUGGAUCGCUAAGUCGAAUGGAAUAUUAGAGAAAGCGGUAAAAAAGGUCACUGAAAUAUUGAAUGAAGUCAGUGACGGCGAUGGAACUAAAAAACCCAGACUCAUCAGCGAGGCGGCGGAGCUUAUGAGACUUCAGGCCGAUUUGCUUUACAACGCUGGAGAGGAAGCUAAAAAGCAAGUCGCCGAAAAGGUUAAAACAGCCCUCGAGGCCGUGAAAGCGAUGGACGCGGCGGUUAAGUUCGGAUUGAAUGACGCAAAAGCGCAGCUUCUUACUGUUAUUGGGAAGUACUUUCAGGGGUAUGUUGGCUUAGUGCAAACGAAGGUUAAGGAGAUAAAGGGGGAGAAAGGAACUGAAGGUCUGCAAAAAAUUGAAACUGAAGUGCGGAAGUGGGCUGAGGAGUUUAAGGGAGACAAAGCAUUUGGAGAAAAAGUGAAGGAGUGGGUGGAGGAGAUUUUGAGAGACAAUGAGAUUGUGAAAAAUCUAUUCAAAACGUAUGUUAACAUUGAACUGCCAGCCAAAAUAAAUCUAGUUGCAGACGUUUUUAAAAAGGAACUUGUCAGCGGUUUUAUUGACAAAGCCGGCCAGAGGGUCCAAGAAAUAAUCCGGGGAGACGGCGAAAACAAAAUUCAAACAUAUGUAACCGCCGUUCAGAGUGGUUGCCAGACAUUCACGACGCUACUUGGUGCCGAACUUAAGGAGAGUGGACAAGCAGAAGCGCUUGCUAAAAAAAUAGCUACGGCUAUUCAGAGUGCUGAGGAUAUUGUAAUGCCUGAUAAGAAAUCCAGUCCCAUCAUGCUUCUUACCAAUGGCGUCAAAUACGCCCUCAAUCAGCUUGUUGCCAAAGCCAGGCAGACUGCCGCCGACCUCGGGUGGUUCAUCGCCGAAGGCACUGCGAAGGGCAAUACAAAGAACAUCGACGCCGCGCUCAAAGUGGCUACCGAUAUGGACACUGCUUUUAAAACGGCACUUCUUAAAUCCAGCGAUGGCAGCGAUCUCUACGAAACAGCCAAUGCCUACGACCCCUACGGUACCGCCCACAAGCAAACAGUCCAGCUUAAGCACAACAUCCAAAAGACCAUUAGCGAGAUUUUGAAGAAAGAGGUCGGCCAGGAGGAUGGAGGUGGCGCAACGGGUAAAUUCGAACUUUCUGCUAAAAACUUCACACAAUACAAACUGCAAGUCGACCAAGACCCAAGUAAGCUUACUGAAGCGGAGAACCUUGCAGGCGCCCUUCCAAACGCGAUCAGGAAAAUAAAGGAGGAGGUGGAGGGUGCGUUAACAAAUAUCGGCGACUUCACUGGCCAAGCUGCAGAAAACUUCGGUAAUCUCACCAACGCGCUUGGUAAUCUCUGCCAUGCAAUUCGGGAGGCUGCUGGGAAAGAGAACGUUGGUAGCUACAAAGAAAGCAUCAAGGCAAAAAUCGAUGAACUGCAAAAAUUGAUUAAUAAUGAUUCAGAAGUUGAAGUCACCAUUAACGGUAAAAACCAUAAGCAGAAGGGUUUAACGAAAAUUAAAAAAGAUCUGGAGGCUCUGCAGGACACUCUUGUGAAGGAGCCAAUUAAAAAGACGACAGAAUUACUCUCCUUCAUCACCACAGCCGAACGACAAACCAUCAGUAUUCUCAAAGAAGGCGUUGAAACUGAGUGUAAGAGCGCUGAAGAGAAACUUAUCCACCACGCCCAGAAGCAGUACGUUAAUUCCCUCAAAGCGUUGCUCACCGCAUUCUCCGACAAACUGGGAAAGGAUUUGCAUGGUCUGCCGAGAGAAAUUGCCGGUGAUUUGGAGAUUGGUCAUAAGGGCUUCAUGGCCAAAUUUGAAGAACAUUUCAUCAAAUAUGAGAAGUCAAUUGAGUCCAUCAAAAGCAUUAAGAUUACUCACGCUCCCGGAGAAAAAUCUCCGCUCAGCCAGGCGGCAAUAAAGCUAGCCACCGCCUUCAGACGCUUCUUGCAACACCUGCAGAAACAGCCAGACUUCACCUCGGACAUCACGAAAAUCAAUCCCGUGCACGGAGUGUUGACCAAAUUGCUUACCGACCUAAACACAUCUAAUCACUUCGACCAUGAAUUUACCAAAAAUUUACAUGAACUCCACAGUGCUGUCGCCGCUUUCAAGCCCUCCACGUACGGCGAAGCCAAGAGCCCUUUGCUACUCAACGCUCUGCGAAAUGGCUUCUCGGAUUUGGUCGAACAACUUAAGAAUGCCUACGUAUCCGUAUACGAUGACGCAAAUAUAGACUGGGAUGGCGAACACAAUCCCGAAAAGGGGAUGUGCGCCAAAGUCUGUCUCAGCAUUGUGCCCGCAUUAUUUACCGCUUUGACUGAGCUCAAAAAAUGGCUCGAAAAAUCAAAUAGUAAGCGGAAGACGUAUACCAUAUAUAACGCUAAGAACCCUAAUCACAGCUUACAUAGCCGGUUCCUCCGUGAAAACGGGUAUGACUCUGAUCUCCCUGACGACGCCGAAUAUGGCGAAUUGAAUCACAAAAAAGAUUUCACUGGUCAACAGAUCUAUAAGCAUCUUGUCAACGACAACUAUAAACUUUUUAGUCUUCCUUCAUCCUCCGCUACCGGCGCUAUCUCAGGUGAGCCUACCUUCGAAUUCACCGAGGAGAACGGCGUGUUGUCUCAGCUUCAUCACUACCUUAAAUUAUACUUCAAUAUUUGUCACACCACUUACAUUGACAAACCCAGAACACCGUGUAAUGUUUAUGAGAUGUUGUUAUGGUGUUCCGGUUUACAGUUCAACGGUGUGUAUGAUAAGCUUCGUGAACACUGUGAUUCAUUGUUUGAGAAAAAGCCGGAUGAGCGCAAUCCUGAACACAAAAUUCCAGUCCCAAUUGCUGCCCAUCCUAAACCCAUAUCCCGUGAUAACGUUAUUUCUGCGAUUGACCAUAUAACGUCGCGCUCCUACCAACUGCUGACUGCCGUACUCGGCACCGGCGACGCUGAGUGCAAGUAUGCAUCUGACUUCUCUACCAACUUCGUCAGAUUACAAUAUCCCUCCAGAGGUGAGGACUGUUUACAUACGUUACUAGAUAUACUACGCAGAAUAUUCCCAGCUCUCCAGUUCCUAGAGAGCAAGUGCAGUCAGCCAGCAACAGACUUUGGUUGGGGCGAUUGCCUGUAUGGUAAAGACGUCCCUUCGGCCAAACAGCCGUGUAACGAACAUCCAACUGACCAAUCAACGUGCGAAUCAAAGUGCCGAUCAAAGUGCCAACCUACGUGCCAACCAAAUUGUCAACCAACGUGUCAGCCAACUUCACCUUUAAUGUCUUACUUAAAUGAUUGUUUGCCUGGCCAUUUGCCUCACCAAUUGCAAUCGGUGGGAUGUAAAUCUAUAUGUUCGACGUGUACCAAGAGCGGACCUGGUGUACCCUGUAUGACGCCCCUUGGCUUCAGAGCGUUCUCAGGCAGUGUCAAAACCGGCCGUGACAUUUGCGACAUCAUUAGAGAAUUCCUAGGUAACGAGUACAUUCCAGCCCUAUUUAGCCUCGUUCCUAAGCCGCCGUUCACAUUGCCUGAACACUUCAGUUUCACGCUGUCCUUAGUUAAAGGUUGGCAUAAAACCAAAACACCAACCAAAAGCCUGAUCAAACAGUCAGUUGAAUCAUCAAUCAUCGACAUGUCCAUCGCACUAUGUGACGACCCAAGCAACCUUACAGAUGCGCUUACUGACGCAUACGGCGCUGAUUGCAGCAAAUGUGAGCAUCCGCACAUCGCCAAUCUUACAUCCUCAAGUUACUGUGGUAGUAGAGGUAAAGACGUUGCCUGCGCCCCUUACCUAUCGUCACUCUCCUCGGCUGUAUAUCGCUACAUGGCGGAGAAACACGGCAAGUUGUAUCUGUCGUGGGCAAUUUACCUGCCAUGGUCAUUCCAUAAUUAUUUGCGUGAAUUACUCGAAGCAUUCAAUACCAUAUUCUGCGAGGACUGGGGAUGCCGCUCAUGUUUAAAGAGCGCCAAUUGCAGGCGUGGCAAGCAUGGACUCAGCGAAAAGAAAGAGAAUGAGGAUGCAAAGCCUCAUUGCCAGUGCAAUUCCAUUGCAAAAUGCAAAGGUGUCGCGCCAACGUUUUACAGCUACGGAUUUAUCAUCCCUGAUGCAUGGACGUUACAUGAAGAGGGCACACGAAAAACAUGCUCCAAUUUCUACGACGAGUUAAAGAGUGUUGUCGAAUCAGCAUAUUUCACGAAGCUGUUCGAGGAGUGCGACAAUUUCCUAAAAGAAAUCAGAUGGCCUUUUGUGUUAACGUUGUUAGCCCUCUGGUCGCUGUCGCUCCUGUACCUGCUGCACAUCGCCGUCGUCCGCCUCGACGUGCUGAGGAUACGCUCCCACCUGCGAUCGCCCUCAUCGCACCGCAUCGCCGCACAGUCGCUCCUCGCCGCCGCACGCGUCAAGGCACUCGCCAACGUCAAGUACUUCUCACCAUAA